UGCUUUUAGAGGGGGGAUGUUUGUGGGUGUGAGUCAGCAUGUGGGUGGGUGUAUUUCAAUUUAUAUGGUCCAUUUUGCCAGUGCGACUCGGGGUGGGGGGGCAUCUACAGGAGGACUAGAGGGCCAGAAAGAAGUCCUCCUGCAGAUGCCCGUUCCUAAGGAGGGGCUGCAAACUGAGCCCAGGGACUUUGCAGGUGUGUCCCUCCAGUUUGGGUGGCAACCAUGUGGCUGUCUUCCAGGAGACGCUUUUGACUCCCCUGGGUCUUAGUGGGGUCCCCAGCGGACCCCACGCGAGAGUAGCAGCGCUGCUCUCAGCCGGCAGCCUCUGGUGACCUCCGACAGGGUCCUUCUUCUUCCCCUUUCUGGCAGAUCCCUCCACACUUCUUGAAAGGGAGAGAGAUGUGGCGAGGGGCUCCCUGGGCUGGGGUCCUUUAACCACGGCUGCCAUGCACUUUGCCUGUGGCUUCCUUGGUGACAUUGCUGCAUCUUGUGAGCUCUACCUGUUGGAUCCCUUACUGCUCCCGAGAAGUCAGUGGGCAUGCAGGUGUGGUGGGCGUUGCCCAGCUUCGUCUUACUGUGUGCCCUUCAGGGGCCGGAGCCCUGGAACUCAGUGUGUUUCUGCUUGGCUGCCCAAAAGAGGAGUUGUGGUGGGCUGGCAGGAUUGGAAGGAGGUGCCAUCUCUUGCAUUUCCCUCCUGGAUCUUGGAAUAGGGCAAUACUGGUCAGGAAUCAUCUUGCCUGGGGCCCUAAAAGGGCAUCACGUGGCUCCACAGAUUUCGGGGUGGGGGGAUGACCCCAUUUUGGCUGCAGAUCCAUGGAUAUUUGCUGCUUGCAACUGCCCAGCCUUCAGACCCAUCCACCCCCAUUGCAUGGCUGAGCCAGGAAAGGGCCCAGAGCCUGGGGUGACCACUGUUUCCUGGGGGGGGGGGGUGCAGGGGGCCUUUCAACCUGGACCUCGGUUUCCUAGCUGCCUUCCUGAGCUGAGAAGGCUUCCCCACCCCUUUGCUUUCUCUUUGUCCACAGAAGAGGCCAAGCGCCCUGGCAGGAGGGGGUGGGGGCAUCUGGUCUAGGGGUGAAUAAAGGCAGAUGAUGCUGGAGAGAAAUGGAGUGGCCCCUUGGGGACGAGGAUGCCCUGCCUGGGAGCAGAAACGGCUCCGAGACUCUUGUGCUUUGGCACUGAAUGGCGGCGGGGACCCCUCCCCAUUUGCCUUCUCAGCCUUCAGCGGAUCGGGCCCUCUCUGUCCAUCAGCCCCCCCCCAAUGGAGGUCCCCCUCUCUGCUCCGAGAGAAGGCAGGCGCGCCCCCGUGGCAAGGUCGCUGGGCUUUGGGCAGGGGUCCCUCCGCAGUUGUCUCCUCCCCGCGGGGCAUUGCGACCCCCGCAGAUCCCACCCGAACUAUUUUUAGGCAGCGGUGAUGUCACAGCCCCCCCCCGCAGACCCUGCUCAGGCGCCCCCUCCCCGCCGGCGCAGCUGCCGCCAGCAGGAGAACCUCGCCGCAGCGGAGCGAACGGGGCGGAGGCGGCCCCGGGCUAUGAGCCGGUGGCAUGGAGAACGGGAAGCCGGCCAGGGGCACAGACCUCCAGAAGAAAAUUGACCACGAGAUCCGCAUGCGGGAGGGGGCCUGCAAGCUGUUGGUGGCUUGUACUCAGCGGCCGCAGGCGCUGGAGGUGACCAAGAGCCUGCUUGUCUGCAACAGCCGCAUCCUGGCCUACAUGGCGGAGCUGCAGCGCAUGAAGGAGGCGCAGGUGAUGCAGCACAUGGCUCGGCGUCCUUCUGAGGUUGGAUCCACGGACGGUCGCUUACCAUGUCGGGGCCGAAUCUGUGUCUCAGAUCUACGGAUCCCCCUGAUGUGGAAGGACACAGAAUACUUCAAGAACAAGGGGGACUUGCAUCGCUGUGCAGUGUUCUGCCUGCUGCAGAUCGGCACAGAAAUCUAUGACACGGAGAUGGUGCUGGUGGACCGGACCCUGGCCGACAUCUGCUUUGAGACCUCCGUGCUCUUCACCGAGUCUGGCCCAGGCUUUGAGCUGAAAAUUGAGCUGUACAGCGCCGCCCUGGAGGAGGACUCGGCCCUGGGCGCCACCCCCAAGAAGCUGGCCAGCCGCCUGAGCAGCUCCCUGGGGCGCUCCUCGGGGAAGCAGAUGCGGGCUGCCCUGGACGGGAGCAGCUCAGGCAACAACGGGGGGUACAGUCCGCUGCUGCUACCCCCAGCCCCCAGCACAGCGGGGCCCAAAUAUCAAUUGCUGGCCUGUGCCCACCUUGGCCUGGCGCACGUCCAGGACGCCUUUCGCACCCAUGACCUCCUCAUCACUGGCAAUGAGGAGAGCUCCUUCUGGCUGCCCCUGUAUGGCAGCCUCUGCUGCCGCCUGGUGGCCCAGCCCAGCUGCAUGGUGGAGCAGGUGAUGGCUGGCUUCCUGAAAGUGCAGCAGGGGGAGCAGCUGGACUGGCCGAGGCUCUUUUGUGUCCUGCGUGGCACCAACCUUCUCUGCUACCGGCGCCCCCAGGAUGCAGAGGGCCAGGAAGAGGCUGCCUUCACCAUUGCCAUCAACAAGGAGACGCGCAUCCGGGCCAGCGAGAAGAGCCCCAGGGGCCCCGUCCGCUGCAUGUCGGUCACCAACCACUACGGAGGCGAGGAAGUGACCCACACGCUGCAGGCCGAGUCUCCUGUGGAGGCCCAGCGCUGGAUGGAAGUCUUCUGGCAGCACUUCUACGACAUGAGCCAGUGGAAACACUGCUGCGAUGAAGUGAUGACGGUGGAGGUGCCAUCUCCGCGCCGCCCUCCGAUGCUGCUGCCCAAGCAGGGAUCCCUGUACCAUGAGAUGGCUAUUGAGCCGGCCGAUGACAUCGAGGCGGUGACCGAGAUCCUGGCCCGGCGGGUCUCCGACCUGGGCGAGCCUGUGUGGCUCUCUCUCUUCGAGGGCUCCUCACCCGGCAUCGCUUCCAACUGCAACUCCAGCACCGGCCCAUGCCCCGCUCAGCCCCCCUGGGGUCGGCCUCGCACUCUCUCGCUGGACGCCAAGCUCAGCAGGCUGAAGGGGCGUGCAGGACGGCCACCGCCUUCCCCUUUGCCCAAGAUCCAUGGGCCUUCCUGCUCCAGCUCAGGGUCCUCCAGCAGCUGCAGCUCAACUCCGGACUCAGAGCGGACCCUGCAGACCGCUGCCCGGCCCUGGUUUGACCCUCGCUUGUGGCUGCAGUCCCAGGUCUGAGGCUGCCAAGAACCGAGGGUCUGCGUUGUUCAGGGGCUUAGCCUUGGAGAGGCAAAGUGGCCUAGGCCACACUCCCCAUCUCUGACCGUGGAGAGGGGCCGACCUGGCUAGAGAAGCAGCUGGCCACGGAGGUGGGGGCAAGGCCCCACAGCCAGACCCCUCCCUUUUCAGGAGAAAAGCACCUUGCUUUCCUUUGUAAGAAACUGGAAUAUUUCCUGUUGAAACAGAAGAGAGGCCGAGCUCUUUCCUUGCCAGGGGCCAACGGUCCCCAUUUGCCUUCAGCCUGGCCUCUUCCUCACAACCCUCCCUCCUCAAGCUGCAGGGAUUUGCAUGGAGGAGGAAGCGGGGUGGGCAGCCCUUCCCUCCAAACGGCUGUGUGUGGAGGCCAGCAGCCUCCCUUCCUGUGAAUAUGCAUUAAAGUGUAUUGACUUGC